AGAUUAUAUUUCCCUAGAGUUCGGAGCUGUUGCCAACCAUGGCACAUAGACUCCUGAUCUGUAGCCAUUUUUGUGAUAUUUAUCGCAACAGUCGUCAUUUUGCCACAAAAGUGCCUGCAAACAGCAAGAGGAAUACGCUCUCCAAAACAUUUGACCGCUUGUUCCGCUCUUUCGGUGAUACUCAGAACCAAAAGAUUAGUAAAGAAGGAGGUUUUGAUGCUCUGUAUCAGGAAUGCAUGUCUCAAAUCUACAAAAACAGAGCGGAAGCCGAUGGAUACACCGAGGAGACCACCGAAUCUCCGGAGAUUGCUGAUCUAACAGAGAAGGAACUCCAGAUAACUCGGUCUAUAUUCAAAAGGGUGGACCCACUCAAGAAACUUAUACCGAGACUUGAGAAUAAGGACGAUUAUAUAGAUCCAUACUGGGACCCAUUCCAAAAGCUUGACAACUUGAAAACACAAGUUGCAUCCGAGUUUAAUGAUUUGGCAAGGUUGGUGAGCAGUUCUGAAGUUCGUAAACACAAGAGAAUGGUAAAAGAAGCAGCUCGGCAAUAUGAAAAACUUUACGAUCCAUAUUCAGAAUAUAACCACAAGCAUGUUGUUGACGAUGAAGUAAAGGUGAAGGAAACCAGUGAAAAGUUUUGGGACCCAGACGUGGAUCGCAGACUCGUAUUGAGAAAUAACCUUAGACCAUUUUGCUGGAGAGAUCUGCACGUUUUGCACAACUUUGUUGCUGAGAAUGGACAAGUGAUGCCAAGGAGACUGACUUUUGCGACUAGAAAGCAGCAGAGACAAAUUUUCCGAGCAAUCAGAAUCGCGAGACAUAUGGCAUUAUUUCCAUAUGACUGGAGACCCAGGUAUAGGGAUCGUAUUCCACUGAUGGACCCAAGACAGUAUCUUGCGGACGAACUCUUUCAUAGAUACUCAAAACUGGGUGAUUUAAGGGCAAAGGCUAUGAUAAAUGUUUUGAUGAGCAGGUACCCAGACGUCAAUUUCUUUAGGUUUGUUCACUCUCCCAUUUUAUCAGUUUAUAGGUAUUUGAGAUACGAAGCUCAAAAGUGUGAAGAUUAUACAAGAUCGCAAGGUCAACAAACGAACGAAUUUGCUCAGAUUUUGAAUGAAUACAGAGCACAAAUUGAUACACACUAG